AGACAGAUGCAUGGAGGUGAGGAGAGCUGGUUCAUAAAGCACACCUGCUGCAGACUUGGACAUCUUGAUGGUGGCAAUAAAGUAGUUAAAACAAAGUGAAAGCAAGGCUGAGAUGGAAUUACGACUGGGAUUAAGGAUCACCCUCGUCUUUGUCAUCCUGGUCCUGACUCUUUCCAGUAAGACAGUGGAGGCACAGAGGGCAGGGUGCAAAAACGUCCACUAUGACUUGGCGUUCAUCCUGGACACAUCAUCCAGUGUUGGAAAAGAGAAUUUUGAGAAGAUCCGUCAAUGGGUGGCCAACCUUGUCGAGUCUUUUGAUGUAGCUCCUGAUAAGACAAGAGUUGCAGUGGUGCGCUACAGUGACAGACCCACCACUGAGUUCAACUUGGGUAGACACAGGACCCUGGAGGAUGUGAAGCGAGCUGCCCGUAACAUACGCUACCUGGGGGGAAAUACAAUGACCGGGGAUGCUAUCAGCUACACCACCACCAACAUCUUCACAGAGCGCGCUGGAGCCCGGCCAGCAGCCAGAGGCAUUCAGAAGGUGGCCAUCCUCCUCACAGAUGGUCGAAGCCAGGAUUAUGUUCUUGAGCCGUCUAAAGCAGCUGCCAAAGCCGGGAUCCGGAUGUUUGCCGUGGGUAUCGGGGAGGCUCUGAAGGUGGAGCUGGAGGAGAUCGCAGCCGAGCCAAAGAAUGCUCACGUCUUCCACGUGACCGAUUUUAAUGCCAUUGACAAGAUCAGGGAUCGGUUGAGGAGGAGGCUGUGUGAGAAUGUCCUGUGUCCUAACAUGAAGAUCCAACCUGAUCGCUUUAAGCCCAACAGCACCAGUUAUGGUCUUGAAGAGGUUCCAGGGUUCGACCUGAUGGAGUACUUCAACGUGAGAGAUAUCUUGGGAACCAGAGAUGAUGAUGGCCAAAGUUCUUAUGUUCGUCUGGGCACCAUGCCCAUCGUACAGCAAACAGAAGACGUGUUUCCUCAAGGGCUGCCCGAUGAGUACGCCUUUGUGACAACAUUUAAAUUCAGGAAAACCUCAAGACGAGAGGAUUGGUACCUCUGGCAGGUUUACGACAAAUAUGGUAUCCCACAGGUGUCCAUCCGUCUGGAUGGUGAGAACAAGGCGGUGGAGUACAACGCUGUCGGGCUGACAAAGGACGCUGUCAGAGCUGUGUUCAAGAACCCAGAAGUAGAAAAUCUGUUCGACCGCAGCUGGCACAAGAUCGGUUUGAGCGUGGAGGCCAAGUCUGUGUCUCUGUACCUGGACUGCAAACUCAUCCAGACUCUGCCCAUUGAAGACAGGGAGGACAUUGACAUCCAGGGGAAGACAGUGAUUGGGAAACGGCUGUAUGACAGUGUGCCGAUUGAUUUCGACCUGCAGAGAAUGAUGAUUUACUGCGACUCCAAGCAUGCAGAGCAGGAAACCUGCUGUGAUCUACCCGAGGGACCCUGCCCCAAGAAAGUUGUCACGGAGGCCCCCCCUGUGCAGAUCCCCACUCCCACACCUACUGUUGCGGAGCAGCAGAGAGGACCUCAAGUGAACUGCUCCUGCCCUGGAGGAGAGAAGGGAGAGAUCGGUGCGACCGGUGCAGCGGGUCCUAAGGGUGAAAAGGGCGACGCAGGCCUUAAGGGCGCCGUGGGAGCAGCUGGAAUCAAAGGCGAAAGAGGAGAAAUUGGCAAAGUCAUCUCUGUCAAAGGGGACAGAGGUGAGAAGGGUGAUUCAGGAACAAUAGGGUUGAAAGGUGCUCCUGGACUUAAAGGAGAGAAGGGACUUGCUGGUUUUCCAGGUAUUGAUGGCUUAUCUGGAGACAAAGGAGACAGAGGUGCAGCUGGAGCAGCUGGCCAAGCAGGGCAACCAGGUGCAGCAGGAUUAAAGGGAAUUCAAGGGGAUGCAGGGAUCCAGGGUCUACCAGGUCCAAAAGGAGUUGAUGGGGAAGCUGGUACAAGAGGUGACAAAGGAACUCCUGGAGCUCGGGGUCUGGCAGGUUUGGAUGGAUUUCCUGGCAAACCUGGAGUUCCUGGGAAAGAUGGGUUGAGAGGAAUGGUUGGUGCACCCGGGGCCGGUGGCAUUAAAGGCAUCAAGGGGGAGAGAGGCCUUCCUGGAUUACCUGGGGAUGUGCAUCAUAAAGAAGGCUUACAGGGUGACAAGGGAGAAAGCGGAUUUCCUGGGCCUCCAGGAGCUGAUGGUCCCCCAGGGCCUCCUGGUCCUCCUGGUGCUCAGGGUCUACCCGGGGAACCUGGAGAAUUUGGCCAGAGGGGGAAGAAAGGUGAAGGUGGAUUGCCUGGAGUGGAUGGCCUUCCCGGACCUCCUGGUCCUCAGGGUCCAUCCGGCUCACCAGGAAACCAAGGACACACUGGACCUCCUGGUCUACCUGGAGAAAUAGGAUUCUCCGGCAAACCUGGAGAGUCUGGAAAAUCAGGUCUUCCUGGUAAAGACGGUUUGGAUGGUCUUGCUGGAAAUGACGGUGCCACGGGGCCCAGGGGAGAGCGCGGAACAGAUGGUUUUCCUGGCAAACCUGGACCCAAGGGUGACGAUGGGCCUCCUGGACCAAGAGGACCUCCAGGGGAGAGAGGAGAAGCUGGUUCUCCUGGACAAACUGGUACUGCUGGAGCAAGAGGAGACAGAGGUGUUCCUGGGGAAAGAGGACAGGGUGGACCGUUUGGGCCAAAAGGUGACAAAGGCGACAAGGGGGAAGUCGGAGCGAGGGGACUUCCUGGAGUUCCAGGAAAUGUCGCAAAUGUCAUUCCAGAGCCCGGUGAACCUGGAACUCCUGGAGCUAAAGGAGAGAAGGGGGAUCAGGGGAAACCAGGAGAGAUAGGUCAAAGAGGGUUACCUGGUGAACAAGGCUUUAAGGGACUACCUGGACCAUUGGGUCCAAAAGGAGAAACUGGACUUACAGGAGAGACGGGGCGUGUUGGAGACCCUGGUCCACCUGGUGUCGCUGGUCCUCAAGGUCUUCGUGGAUUACCAGGGAAUGUGGGCAUCCCGGGGAUCAUUGGACCUCCUGGUCCAGCCGGACAGAGAGGAGACAAGGGGGAAACAGGUAAACCAGGACAAGCAGGUCCCUCAGGCCCAGCUGGAGAUCCUGGUUUGACAGGACCUCCUGGACCUCCAGGGAAAGGGAAAGACGGUCAAAGUGGAGAACCAGGAUCGCAGGGGAUACAAGGACCCCCAGGGCCAAAGGGGCAAACAGGGUCACGAGGAGAACCGGGGUUACCAGGGGACCGGGGCUCUGCAGGAGAAGGCAAAGUGGGACCACAGGGGUCUCCAGGAAAUAAUGGAGAACCAGGAUCAGCGGGCUUGAGGGGUCCACCAGGGAUUGCUGGUCCUCAGGGCCCAGCUGGACAUAAUGGUUUGCCCGGGCGGCCAGGAGAGAAGGGAUCGCAAGGAGAGCCUGGAAAAGCAGCAGAUAUCUCUGACCUCAAUCUCAAGGAUGUCUGCUCAGACUGCCCUGCAGGUCCACCUGGAGCACCAGGUCUCCCAGGAAUCCCAGGAGACAAAGGACACCCAGGAACUGCAGGGAAAAGCGGUCAAGAUGGUUUCCAGGGACCGCCGGGACCAGCUGGACCUCAUGGGCCCCCUGGAGCAGACGGUGGAAAGGGUAUUAAAGGUGAUCGAGGACCUGCUGGAGGAGCUGGAGACAAAGGAGACAAGGGUCACCCAGGACCCCCAGGCCACCCCGGUACACCUGGCUUAAUGGGUGCACCUGGUAACGAUGGGCUGCCUGGCCCUGUCGGCCCCCCGGGACCCCCCGGAGAAAAGGGUAAAGAGGGUCUCAAAGGGAUCCAGGGGCCGCCAGGUCUACCCGGCUUAAUAGGUCAGGCUGGGAAAAUUGGAAAAGAUGGCCGACCUGGUGAAACGGGAGAACCUGGCAAACAAGGUGAACUUGGACAACCAGGAAACCCUGGACUACGAGGACUCCCAGGCUUUAAGGGCCACAGAGGAGAACCAGGAGCUCCAGGCUCUAAGGGAGAAGAUGGAAAAUCUGGAACACCUGGGCGUGACGGGAAACCCGGGAAGGAGGGCCCCAACGGACCUCCAGGCCGGGAAGGACUUAUGGGACCGAGAGGAGAGUCAGGCAAACCAGGUGAACCGGGGCCGUCAGGAAAAUCUGGCCUCCCUGGAACUCCAGGUCUCAGGGGAGACAAGGGAGAGGCGGGCAGCCCAGGAUUACCCGGCUUUAGUGGACCUAAAGGCCCUGCGGGUCCUCCUGGUCCAGCUGGUCCAGAGGGGAAACAGGGGAUGACGGGCAGAGCUGGAGAUCGAGGCUUCAAAGGAGAUAAGGGAGAUCACGGUACGAAGGGAGAUAAAGGACAUUCAGGAGAGCCAGGGAUGCCUGGUAACCCUGGAACUCCAGGCAGAAAGGGCCACACAGGUAUGAUGGGUAUGUCAGGACCACCAGGAGAAUUAGGAGCCCCAGGGCCCCAAGGACAAUCAGGAAACCCUGGGAUGCCAGGACAAAGGGGAGAGUCAGUAUCACUGGAGCAGAUGAGACGGCUCAUCCAGGAGGAGCUGGCUAAACAGUUAGAUGCCAAAAUGGCUUACCUCAUGGCCCAGUUCCAGCCGGCUCACGUGAAGAGCACAGCGGGUCGCCCAGGACCUCCAGGGCCUCCUGGUAAAGACGGCAACAGUGGACGCCCUGGCCCUCCUGGAGAGCCUGGUAUGCCUGGACAAGGUGGAGGAGAAGGACCAAGAGGACCCUUGGGCCCUAAAGGUGAAAAGGGAGGUAAGGGAGAAAAGGGAGACCCAGGCAUCGGGGACAGAGGAGAGCAAGGACCCUCUGGACCAAUCGGCCCAGCUGGUCUACCUGGUUACGGUAAAGACGGGAGCCCAGGACAAGCCGGAGCUCAGGGAGAGGCAGGAAACCCUGGCCCCCAUGGUCAGCCCGGACCUCCAGGUCCUCCUGGCCAGUGUGACCCCAGCCAGUGUGCCUACUAUGCCAGUCUGGCACAAAGACCCCACACCAAAAACGUCAAGGGGACUUAAGGAAGAAGAGACACGCAGAGCUUGAAGUCCAGCAGUAUUUAUGAACUCGGUUGUGUCAGUCUGAAUCAUGAACUUUUUACUUUUCAAGAUAACCUCAGUAAGGAGGGUUGAAGCAAUGUGCUGCCGGUCAGAUUUGUUGUUGUUUGUUUUUGGUAUGAAGUUUGGGAUGAUCCGGAGUAAGCAUGGAGGGACUUUAUCAGAGUUAAUAAGGGGUAAAGAGGGCAGCUAAACCGUUUUUUUCUCUUCACUUGCAUGCUUCCUGUAAAGUAAGUUAAGGGAGAUCGCAAGCAGGAUGUAAUUCCCCACUCCUAAACCCCGCCUGUGGGAGUAAAGAUUUGGGAGUCUGAUAUUCUAUCACUUCAUCAAUAAUUAUCCAAAAUUCAAGCCGGGCGUUUCUCGCAGGAACUUGUUCGCAUCAGUCUUUUAUCUCCUGCUUCACUAUUUUGCAUCCAUUACCUUUCACAGCCCACACAGCCCCACGCACAACAUUACACGUCAGUCACUGCUCACUACAUUGAUUCCUCCACCAGUCUUUUGGUAAUUACUCAGUCAAAGCAACUAUCUGUUUUAUUGUCAUUGAUGGGAACGUGGGGUACUGACGGUGUGAGCACAAUCUCAAAUACCAAUAGUGAUUUUGUGUAGGAGGAGUGUUAAUGAGUUAGUGUGGGGAGUGAUGAAUGGCCACAUUUGUGCAUUUUGUGCUUCCAAGCUGGAGGCAGUGUUUGCAGCUCUGUGUUGUGUCGCACCGGCAUCUCAAAAAACAGGCCAAAAAAUAAAAAACAUGUUAGAAAAAUCCCCUCAAAACAACUUUAACAAACUUUUUCAUAUUUGUGAUCAUGUCGGGUUUAUUUAGGCCGAAAAUUCUAUUUGUUUCAGGGAGUAAACUGGAUGCAGUAAAAUUAUUCACACAUUAGAGCUUUGGCGAGGUUGCUCCACGCCUCAGGUGAGGUUACAAUUCAAAAAUUACUUUGCUGUCAAGUGUCAUUUAAAAGUGAAUAUCUCAUUUAGCUUCACCAAAAAGGUAUCCAGGAGUCAAAACAUGACGUGUAUGCAGAAAUUUUGGACACUGUAACGACUCCUUCACACUCACACCCGAGGCCUCUUCACUCUGAGAGGUGGCAGGAAGAAAUGUCACUAUUACAUUUGUACUUUCAUGUUUUAAUGAAGUGGCUCUGGUCCUUCUCCCGUUGAGGUAUGCAUAGACUUAGCAGUAAACAGCUUUAAGGAGGUGGUAUAAUUGCCGCCUUUGUUCACCUCUCUUGAAAAGCCGCUUGUUUCACGCUGCUUUCUCUAAAUGUGUCACUUCCUUUCUGUUCGCUGAGGCUUAUUAAGUGCCCACGCUGUGGCAGUGCCCGGGCAGCUCAGCGCUGCUUUGAAAAGACAUUGCUUUUCUUAUUUGUCCCCUGGAACCUUAAAUUGGAGCGCUGCUUCCCUGCAUCCUGAUGACCCGAGCAUUGUGGACACCAUUUGGAAAGACGUUUUGCCUUUCGUCCCUCAUGGACCAAUUAAAACUCUCCCCAGCCUCAGACUUACUGGUCAUCUAGACCCUGUUAAAUGGCCCUCCACAAACGGAACCACUUUGUCUUCCUUUCAAAAACAUGAAGAAAACUUCAGCAAACAGAGGGACAAAAGGAAAGUUGGAUUGCAAACGGAGACAUAGAAAUCUCAUGUGAACUUGCCAGGACAUGAUAUACGACCUGUGGCUACAGAUCUAAAACAUUGCCACUCAUAGAUAACACCACCAGCUCAGGGUCCUUAGUUAAAUGAUCAUCUUUGAAGACUGGGACAUUGUGCCUCUGAUAUGACCUGGAGAUGUUGGUGAAGCAGACAUGCGUCUUCUUGGAUGCUCUGAAGGCAGCAGACUUUUCAAUCAAUCAAUCAAUCAAUCAAUCAAUCAAUCAAUCAAUCAAUCAAUCAAUCAACCAAUCAAUCAACCAAUCAAUCAACCAAUCAAUCAAUCAAUCAAUCAAUCAAUCAAUCAAUCAAUCAAUCAAUCAAUCAAUCAAUCAAUCAAUCUUUGCAUAGCCCAAAAUCAAAACAAAUGUUAUCUCAGGAUGCUUUUACAAACAGAGCAGGUCUAGAGCACUCUAUGUUAAAUUAUGAACAGAGACCCAACACCAAGACAGGAUAAGACUCAGUCUGACCCCACCUUAAUCCACCAUGAGCAUUACACCUCGCAGUAUUUAACUAGUUACAGUGGAGAGGACAAACUUCCUUUAACAGGCAGAAACCUCCAGCAGAACCAGACCCAUGUUAGACAGACAUCUGCCUCGACCAAGUUGGGUCUGGAAAGAGGGAUAGAGGAGAAUAAGAGAGAGAGGGAGCGGUGAUAGUGAUGAGACGAGCAGUAGUAGCUGUUGCCGCAGGAGCCCAGCACGUCCGUAUCAGCUGGAGUCUGGAACGUCCACAGCUUUCUUUUUGAAAGAAAUGAUCACCAAACUGUUCAUAUGCAAGAAAACACGCCCUUAGUUUCACACCAUGAGUGGCUAAAGCUCCAAAGUUACAAGUAUCCACACAGAUAUUGAUAACGCUGUUCAGUAGAGUAAUUUUUAAAGGAACAUACGCCAUGUAGCAGCAGAGCUGUGGUCCCAAAAUAGAAAAUAUGUUACUGGCAAUGACUCAUUGACUGUUUGAAAGUAGCAAGCAAGCUAGGCUACGUCUCUGCCUCUCCCUGUCACAUCAUUCGUCCAACAACACUGUUCAUGGUACCGUACCAGACAUAUUCCUGUACCGUCCUAGCAGCUCUGCCUCUGAGUAACGUUCAUAUCAGUGAAACUUAAUGAAGUGUUUGCAGCUUUGGUUCGAUCUGUCUCCCUUCUUUAAACAGCUUUUUAAUGCCAUGAAGUUUAACUUUAAAGUCAGAUCAAUGUUGCUCCAUAACGUGUGAUUGGUAUAAAUAAUCUGCCCUAUCAGUAUUGCCAUGCUGACUCCUCGUCAGUGAUUUAUUAGUGAAUGCUUAAACUGUGUCAGUAUUGCUCUUUCUUGGUUUGUAAAUACGUUUUACAGUCACCAGUGGACUAAGUGUUACAGCUUGGGAUGGUUAGUUGCUCCAAACAGCUUGUUUUUCUGCAUACAACACAAAGACGUGUCGUUAUUGGAUUGAGUUAAUUUUGCAAAAUAAAAUAUCUUUUAAGUUAUAACGCUAAAUUAUUCAAGAUUUGAACAAAUACAAAUGUGUGUCAGUGCCUUAAAUCACAUUUAUUAACCUGUUUUCCCGACCUUUUUCUAAUGAACUGGUGCUAAAGUAUUUUAAAUAAGUAACAUGUAGGUAUGGGAAAGACACAUGUACUGUACUGUAUAAUAAAGACUGGAAUGGAUUCAUUUUAUAAAA